AUGCUGCGGACGCUCAAUGAUUUAUCUUACAAGUUCAAAAAAUACCUUACGUUUAUUGGCCCGGGACUAGUAGUUUCUGUGUCGUAUCUUGACCCCGGUAACUACUCGACCUCUACUUCAUCAGGUUCCAUGUAUCAAUAUAAGUUAUGUUUCAUCAUUUUCAUGGCCAACUUGUUUGCUGUUAUCUUGCAAGUACUUUGCGUUAAGCUCGGUACAAUCACAGGAUUGGAUCUUGCCGAAAUGUGCCGAUUGCAUUUGUCGCCAAAACUCAAUUUGUUUAUGUAUCUUUGUGCUGAGGUUGCUAUUAUUGCCACCGACUUGGCAGAAGUUGUGGGUACAGCGAUUUCAUUAGAGAUUUUGUUUGGAAUUCCACUAAUUUAUGGUGUAAUAAUCACGGUACUCGAUGUAUUGAUCAUAUUAAUGGCUUACCACAAGGAUGGGUCAUUGAAACAAACUAAAGUGUUUGAGAUAUUGGUGUCGAUUUUGGUUAUGGCCACUUGUGUUUGCUUCAUACUUGAAUUGUUCAAAUGCGAUUUUCCGCCUGGGUCUGGGUGGGAAAUUUUUAAAGGGUUUUUACCAGUAAACAAAGAGAUCUUCAAAGAAAAAACUGCCUUGUUUUUGAGUUGCGGUAUAGUGGGGAGCACCGUUAUGCCUCAUUCAUUGUUUCUUGGCUCGGCCUUGGUGCAACCUCGACUCAAGGACUACGACGAAAAGCAUAAUGUUAAACAGAAUCAAAAUUUACUUUCAGCAGGAUCGGCUCUGGGUUACCACCAACCUUCUUCAACGCCUCUGGAUCAUGUGUCACCACCACACUCACCUUCGCACCCUACAGUUCCUAUUACUCGAAUUAGAAGAAUUUCAAACGGGUCGAUGUUGAUCCACAAGUACAAACCUUCUUACGCUGCCAUCAAGUAUUGCCUCAACUAUUCAUACGUAGAGUUGGUACUUUCUUUGUUUAUCAUAGCUGUUUUUGUGAAUGCGGCAAUUUUGAUCGUUGCAGGUGCCACGCUUUUUGGUAAACCCGAUGCAGAGGAUGCAGACUUGUUGUCUAUCUACGAAAUGCUCGUCUACUACAUCUCACCAACUGCUGGAUUACUUUUUGCGUUGAGCAUGCUCUUCUCGGGUCAGAGUGCUGGUAUUGUAUGCACCAUGGCCGGCCAAAUAAUUGCUGAAGGGUUUAUUAACUGGUCAAUUGAACCGUGGAAGCGCAGAAUAAUCACGAGAGUAAUUGCCAUUGUGCCGGUAAUUAUUGUAAUUGGUAUCAUGGGCCGCGAGGGCGUUGCGAAGGUGAUGAAUUCGUCUCAAGUCGUUUUGAGUUUUAUAUUACCUAUCGUCAGUGCGCCAUUGAUUUAUUUCACAUGUAAUAAAAAAUACAUGACGGUUGAGAGAAUUGACCAUGGACAAUUGAGUAUCAAUGAGUCAAGUGCGUUGUUGCUGAAUACUAAUGGUGCUGAUGCGGGUGCGGGUGCGGGUGCGGGUGCUGAUACUGAUACUGAUGUUGAUAGAUUAAAUGUUGACGAUGCAUUGGAGACUGACAUUACUCAACCUUCAAAGCUGGUUAGUUUUGAAAAUGGCAGAUUCUUACGAAUUACAAGCAUAUUGACUUGGAUUGUUAUUACAGCGUUAAAUGUGUAUUUGAUAAUAGCAUUUGCAAACGGUGCUAGUAUAUAG